AUGGCAAUGAGGCAGACGCCGCUCACUUGCUUGGGCCACACGGGGCCCAUGGUUGAUUUGGCCUUCAGUGGCAUCGCGCCUUAUGGGUAUUUUUUAAUCAGCGCUUGCAAAGAUGGUAAACCUAUGCUACGCCAGGGAGAUACAGGAGACUGGAUUGGAACAUUAUUGGGUCAUAAAGGUGCUGUUUGGGGUGCAACAUUGAAUAAGGAUGCCACCAAAGCAGCUACAGCAGCUGCAGAUUUCACAGCCAAAGUGUGGGAUGCUGCCUCAGAUGAAUUGAUGACCCUGGCUCAGACUGUGGAUUUCACACAGGAUAGUAAUUAUUUGUUAACUGGGGGACAGGAUAAACUGUUACUCAUAUAUGACUUGAACAAACCUGAAGCAGAACCUAAGGAAAUUAGUAGUCACACCUCUGGUGUUAAAAAGGCUCUAUGGUGCAGUGAGGAUAAACAGAUUCUUUCAGCUGACGAUAAAACUGUUCGCCUUUAGGAUCAUGCUACUAUGACAGAAGUGAAAUCUCUAAAUUUUAAUAUGUCUGUUAGUAGUAUGGAAUAUAUUCCUGAGGGAGAGAUUUUGGUUAUAACUUAUGGACGAUCUAUUGCUUUUCAUAGUGAAGUAUAUUUGGACCCAAUUAAAUCCUUUGAAGCUCUUGUAACCAUCGAUUCUGCAUCUCUUCAUCCUGAGAAAGAAUUUCUUGUUGCGGGUGGUAAAGAUUUUAAACUUUAUAAGUAUGAUUAUAAUAGUGGAGAAGAAUUAGAAUCCUACAAAGGACACUUUGGUCCUAUUCACUGUGUGAGAUUUAGUCCUGAUGGAGAACUCUAUGCCAGUGGUUCUGAAGAUGGAAUGGUGAGACUAUGGCAGACUGUGGUAGGGAAAACAUAUGGGCUUUGGAAAUGUGUGCUUCCUAAAGAAGAUAGUGGUGAGCUGGCAAAGCCAGAGAUUGGUUUUCCAGAGACAACAGAAGAGGAACUGGAAGAAAUUGCUUCAGAAAAUUCAGAUUCCAUCUAUUCUUCAACUCCUGAAGUUAAGGCCUGAUCAUCAAACAUAUGCCACAGAUAGUAUAGAACUUAUGGACUAAAACAAGCAAACAGAGAAAAGCAUUAGCCUUCCAGAGUUAUUCUCUGCUUAAGGCAAACACAGCAGUAAAUAAUGGGGAAUAUGAAUUAGCUCCAGUGCUGGAACAACUAACUUGGUGUUAUCUGUAAGUGAAAACUCAAGAGUGUCAGAUGAAGGCAGAUGGAAUUAUGCUCUUGUAGUAUGAUGGGCUGUUGUUUUUUUAAAAAUGAAUAUGUGCAAGCCAACAUCCAAUUAUGAUUAGAUUUCUUGUAGCUGUUUAUGUUAUUAUGAAGAAGAAAAAUAUAUUGGCUUAUUUUUCUGACUUUUCCUUUACAGCAGAAUGCCUUUUUUUUUUUUUUUUUUUUUUGCUUUAGUCACAAAGAAGAGGGAAUUCAUGAUUAAGUAACUGGUUUGAUUUCUCUUUCAUUGUACACUGCUUCUGAACAUCUAAUUGUUUUUAGUUGUCUAAAUAAAAUGCCUCUAAAACAAAA